AUGCUCGUUGAAGGCUUGAAAUUCCUGGUAGGAGAGACCUCUAACAAAGGAUCAGCAGAGAGCUUAGCCCAAAUGUCACAUCUGAUGACUUGGUUCUCUAGUGCUGGAUGUUUAGAUUGGAUUUUCUUGAUUUGCGUAGUCUCUCGGGAUGUUCUUCAAUUGCGUCGCGAGAUCAAUUCAGAAUCGGUCAAGAAAGCCGGUGUUGAGGCAUUCAAGCACACAGUGUCUGGCUGCCAAGAACUUCUUGAAUGGGCGAGAGAGAAUUGCUUGGGAUAUGUAUCAAUUCUUCAUGUCUUUGCUGCCCAUUUGGACAUCGUAGCUGAGGCUCUGAGUUUACCUCGUCAAGGAGCAGUGAAGAAAUCGCCGCCCAGCCCGCUGGCAAAAAAAACCCCGUUUUCCCAGUUAUCUGCUGAAAAAGUUGCUUCGUUCAACUUGCAAAACCCACCUCCUGGAAGAAUGGUUCGUUCCUCCCGCAUUUCGGCUGGUAAUCCCAAGCUACAGGAGUCGUUUGGGCUGCCAGGUAGACGAGGCAGGGAGCGAAGUCGAUCUGUUUGA